AUGGCUCUCCUGUCUAGCGCUCUCAACAUCUUUGGCGCUGUGCUACUGGCACAUGCCGUCUACAGUGCCUAUGAACACUCAACCCUAGCCACCAUUGCCGGCAGUCUUCCCGUCUCACCAGUCCACUCAUACAUCAUCCCAACAAUCGACCUGCCGCUCGACAUCACGCUGGAGACACUGACGGCUGUCCUCCUGCUCUGCAUCGGCAUCGUGGUAGGCAGUCCGGAAUUGAAGCCCAUCCAAUGGCGCGUAUGGGCUGGCAAGCUGGAGAAGGACAAGAGUGCAAAGACCGAGAGCAUCAACGGCGAUCCACUAGGUCCCAGGGGAAAUCCAUACGCAGCUUUGGAGCAGAGACAGGGCUUCCUUGACAUCAGAAGUCAGCGCAACGAGUUUGCUGAUUGGGUCAAGAGUGGCAGCAGUAAGAAGUGA